UGUUAUCGGUUGCGCCUUACAUCACCUGCAAAUCAAUUGCACCCUCUCUAAGCUACACUUGCUCCACACACAAGUUCCUCAAUGGCGACACCAAAACCUAUAUCACCCUUCAGACUCUCCUCCCUCCUCCGAUCACAGAAGGACCCAUCCGUCGCAUUCCAACUCUUCCUCUACCCCAACCCCCAAACCAACCACCGCCCCUUCCGCCACUCCCUCCUCUCCUACGACCUCAUCAUCACCAAACUCGGCCGCGCCAAAAUGCUCCCCGAAAUGGAACAAGUCCUCCACCAACUCCACCUCGACACGCGCCACCGCGUCCCGGAGCCCCUCCUCUGCCACGUCAUCACUUUCUACGCCCGCGCCCGCCAACCCUCACGCGCCGUCCAGACCUUCCUCUCCAUCCCCUCCUUCCGCUGUCAACGGACCCUCAAGUCCUUCAACACGCUCCUCCACGCGCUACUCACCUGCCGCCAGUUCGAUGCUGUGACCGAGCUCGCCGCCCGCGCCGGUGAGUUCGGAGCCCCGGACGCCUGCACCUACAACAUCCUCAUCCGGGCGAGUUGCCUCCGCGGCCACGCGGAUCGUGCAUUUGAACUGUUCGAUGAAAUGCGCAGCCGAGGUGUCCGCCCUGAUCAGGCCACGUUCGGGACGUUAAUCCACAGGCUGUGCGAGAAUUCGCGGCUGCGCGAGGCGUUUGAGCUGAAAGAGGAGAUGUUUAGGGAGUUCAAGUUGGAGGGGUGUGUAACUAUUUACACCAACUUGAUCAAGGGGGUUUGCAAGAUUGGUGAGCUCAGUUGGGCUUUUAGGAUCAAGGAUGAAAUGGUGAAGAAAGGGUUGAAGCUGGAUGCUGCUUUGUACAAUACCUUGAUCAAUGCACUUUUUAAGGCAGGGAAGAAAGAGGAGGCGUUGCGAGUUUUGGAGGAAAUGAGGGAGGGUGGUUGCGAAUGGAAUUCGGUUACUUGUAAUGUCAUGAUCGGGGAGUAUUGUAGGGAGAACAAUUUUGAAGAAGCUUAUAGGAUUUUGGAUGGGGUGGAAGGUGUAAAGCCUGAUGUUAUUGGUUACAAUGUGUUUCUUGGUUGGUUGUGUAAGGAAGGGAAAUGGAGUGAAGCAAUGGAUUUGUUUCAUGACAUGCCGCGACGCGGGUGUGCUCCUGAUGUUGUGACGUACCGUACACUGUUUGAUGGGCUUUGCCGGUGGAGGCAGUUCCGGGAAGCUGUGGUUGUUUUGGAUGAGAUGAUGUUUAAAGGGUAUGCUCCCCUUUCUAAAAAUUUGAAUGCAUUUGUCAGUGAGUUGUGCCAGGAAGGGAAUUUUGAGCUGCUAUCAACAGUUUUAAGUGAUUUGACAAGUAAAGGAAAAAUUUGCAAUGAGGGUAUAUGGGAUGUUGUGCUUUCAAUGGUUUGCAAACCAGAGAAGGUACCUGAAUCUUUUGAGCUUUUGGACGCCUUGGUGUUGGCAUGAAUUGUAGCGAACCAGAUUAAUGGGAAAAGAUUUAGACUAUGUUUGGAUAUCAGUUUGCACAAGCCUAAAAUGGAUGUUAGCAUACACUUAUGAACAUAAAUAGGCUUGUAUAUUGGUUUUCAAGCAAACUUAACUGAGUCACCCUCAGUUAUUAGAAUUUUCUAGAUCAAACUUGAGUUUAUGAGCCAAAUUCAUUGUUUUAAAUUACAGUUGAGGUCACAUUGUGGUUGCUGUUGCA